CUCUCAAAAGUUGACUGGAAAUAUAUUAUUAUUGAUGAAGCACAACGGAUGAAGGACAGAGAAUCUGUUUUGGCCCGAGAUCUUGACCGGUAUCGCUGCCAGAGGAGAUUACUUCUCACUGGAACACCUUUACAGAACGAUCUGAAAGAGCUCUGGUCCCUAUUGAACCUUCUCCUUCCUGAUGUCUUUGACAAUCGAAAAGCAUUUCAUGAUUGGUUUGCGCAACCCUUUCAAAGAGAAGGUCCUGCGCAUAAUAUAGAGGAUGACUGGCUGGAGACUGAAAAAAAAGUCAUAGUCAUUCACAGACUUCAUCAAAUUUUAGAGCCAUUCAUGCUCAGACGCCGUGUUGAGGAUGUGGAAGGUUCACUUCCUGCUAAGGUUUCUGUAGUCUUAAGAUGUAGAAUGUCUGCUAUUCAGAGUGCCGUUUAUGAUUGGAUCAAAGCGACUGGAACUCUUAGAGUUGAUCCAGACGACGAGAAACUUAGGGCUCAGAAGAAUCCAAUAUACCAAGCCAAGAUAUAUAGAACUUUAAAUAAUAGGUGCAUGGAGUUGAGGAAAGCCUGCAAUCAUCCUUUGCUCAAUUAUCCAUAUUUCAACGACUUUUCCAAAGAUUUUCUUGUAAGGUCAUGUGGAAAAUUGUGGAUUCUGGAUAGAAUCCUUAUAAAGCUACAGAGGACAGGACAUCGUGUAUUGCUCUUCAGUACAAUGACUAAACUCCUUGAUAUCUUGGAAGAGUAUUUGCAAUGGAGAAGGCUUGUAUACAGAAGAAUAGAUGGAACUACCAGCCUAGAAGAUCGAGAAUCAGCUAUUGUGGACUUUAAUGAUCCUGAUACGGAUUGCUUUAUCUUCUUGCUUAGUAUACGUGCUGCUGGACGGGGUCUCAACCUUCAGACUGCUGACACAGUUGUGAUAUAUGAUCCGGAUCCAAAUCCCAAAAAUGAGGAACAAGCAGUUGCCAGAGCACAUCGUAUAGGGCAGACAAGGGAAGUAAAAGUGAUUUAUAUGGAGGCAGUUGUUGAAAAACUUUCCAGCCACCAGAAGGAGGACGAGCUUAGAACUGGUGGUUCAGUUGACCUAGAGGAUGACAUGGCUGGGAAGGACCGAUAUAUAGGUUCUAUUGAGGGUCUCAUAAGGAAUAAUAUUCAACAGUAUAAGAUUGACAUGGCUGAUGAGGUCAUUAAUGCUGGGCGUUUUGACCAAAGGACGACUCAUGAAGAGCGACGAAUGACAUUGGAGACUUUGUUGCACGACGAAGAGAGAUAUCAAGAAACUGUCCAUGAUGUGCCUUCUCUGCAUGAGGUGAACAGGAUGAUUGCUAGGAGCGAGGAGGAAGUUGAGUUAUUUGAUCAGAUGGAUGAAGAAUUUGACUGGACGGAGGAGAUGACGAAUCAUGAGCAGGUUCCUAAAUGGCUUCGAGCUAGUACCAAAGAGGUGAAUGCUGCUGUUUCUGAUUUGUCCAAAAAACCGUCAAAGAACAUGUUGUCUAGCAGUAAUCUGAUUGUGCAACCUGGUGGACCGGGAGGUGAGAGAAAAAGGGGGCGGCCCAAGAGCAAAAAGAUUAACUACAAGGAAAUUGAAGAUGACAUUGCAGGUUACUCUGAGGAAAGCUCUGAGGAAAGGAACAUUGAUUCUGGGAAUGAAGAAGAGGGAGACAUUCGGCAAUUUGAUGACGAUGAACUUACUGGCGCUCUUGGUGAUCACCAAACCAAGAAGGGAGAAUCUGAUGGAGACAACCCCGUCUGUGGUUAUGAUUAUCCUCCUGGCUCUGGUAGUUAUAAAAAAAAUCCUCCACGUGAUGAAGCCGGUUCUUCAGGAUCUUCUCCAGAGAGCCAUAGAUCAAAAGAGAUGGCAUCUCCUGUUUCUUCACAAAAGUUUGGCUCUUUGUCUGCAUUAGACACUAGGCCAGGUUCUGUCUCAAAAAGACUGCUGGAUGACCUAGAAGAGGGGGAAAUAGCAGCAUCAGGGGAUUCUCACAUAGAUCUCCAACGAUCAGGAAGUUGGGCCCAUGACCGCGAUGAAGGGGAUGAAGAACAGGUUUUGCAACCUACGAUAAAACGGAAACGGAGUAUUCGUCUAAGACCCCGUCAAGCGGCAGAAAGAGUAGACGGUAAUGAGAUGCCUGUAGCUCAGUCACUGCAAGUUGAUCGUAGCUAUCGAUCAAAGUUGAGGACAGUUGUUGACUCGCACGGUUCAAGGCAAGAUCAGAGUGAUUCAUCCUCAAGACUUAGGAGUUUACCUGCAAAGAAGGUAGCUAAUACUUCCAAGCUGCAUGUAUCGUCACCAAAAUCUGGUAGAUUGAAUGCCACACAGCUUUCCGUAGAAGAUAAUGUCGAAGCUUCCAGAGAAACGUGGGAUGGAACUAGUCCUAUUGGCUCUUCAAAUGCUGGUGCGAGAAUGUCCCACAUCAUACAGAAACGGUGCAAAAACGUGACUAGCAAGCUCCAAAGGAGAAUCGACAAGGAAGGUCAGCAGAUUGUACCUAUGCUGACAAAUUUGUGGAAGAGAAUUCAGAAUGGUUAUGCAGCUGGAGGUGUAAAUAAUCUUUUGGAACUACGAGAGAUAGAUCACCGGGUAGAAAGGCUAGAGUACGCAGGAGUUAUGGAACUCGCAUCUGACGUGCAGUUAAUGCUAAGGGGGGCAAUGGAAUUCUAUGGAUUUUCACACGAGGUGAGAUCUGAAGCAAGGAAGGUUCACAAUUUGUUCUUUGAUCUAUUGAAGAUGUCUUUCCCAGACACAGAUUUCCGGGAAGCAAGGAAUGCUCUUUCCUUUUCUGGCCCAACCCCAGCUUUGGUUUCUACACCAUCCCCAAGAGGAGCAGGCAUUAGCCAAGGCAAGAGGCAAAAGUUUGUAAACGAGGCAGAAGCCGAGCCAAGCUCUCCUCAGAGACCUCAACAACGUGAGAACUCAAGGAUCAGAGUACAGAUACCGCAGAAAGAAACAAAACUUGGGGGGACAACAAGCCACACUGAUGAAUCCCCAAUUUUAGCUCAUCCAGGGGAAUUAGUAAUCUGCAAAAAGAAGAGGAAAGACCGUGAGAAGUCUGCUCCGAAAACCCGAACUGCUGGCUCCAGCAGCCCGGUCUCACCACCUCCAGCUAUGAUUGGUCGUGGUCUCAGAAGUCCUGUGUCAGGUGGAGCUUCAAGGGAGACAAGGCUAGCACAACAGCAGCGCUGGCCAAACCAACCCACUCAUCCAAACAACAGCGGUGCGGCUGGAGAUUCAGUGGGAUGGGCUAAUCCGGUGAAGAGGUUGAGGACAGAUUCUGGUAAAAGACGGCCUAGCCAUUUAUAGACGGACACUUGUUCUUAGUUCCUGAGAGGAUUAAAGCCUCUUUUGCUUAUAUUCAAUGUGAUUGAAAUGUGGCAUUGAAAGCAAUUUAGCAGUGAAUCUUUGACCUUAGUAAUCAAAUAAUUCUGUAGGUAUAUGGUCCCUUUCUUGUUAUGUCGCGCUCUUUAGAUCGUAAUACCGAAAGGUUUAUAUAGUACAUUUUAGAGGGUAA